UCUGAGCCUCACUGACCGUCCGGAUAGGACAGCGGCUGGGCUGGCAGGCGGAUCUCCCCGCUCCAUCGCCCCUGCUGCCUCCUUCCCUCUCGCUGCCGCCUCAUCCGGCCUUGCUCCUUCCCCGGGGGUUCGGUGCAUGCGGGCUGAGUGGCCGCUGGUCCUAGGCCAGGACCUGCCCAGCAGCCUGGAGGCGGCAAUAGCGUAGCUACCUGUAACUUAGGGGAGCUGAGGAGGAGGAGGCGGCGGCGGCUGCCGCGGGAGGCAGACCCACCCUGACUGAAGAGCAAGGAACGUGGGAGCGCCUGUGUGAGUGAGUGAGUGAGUGAGUGUGUGUGUGUGUGUGUGUGUGUGUGUGUGUGUGUGUGUGUGUAUGCUCGCGCGCCCCCGAGAAGAGCAGCCCCCGCGGACCGGCAGCUGUACCAAAAUCAGUUACAGGUCCGUCCCCUGAAGUGGACUUGUUUUGGUCUGGGCCAAGGAUUGUAAAGGCUUCAGUGGAGGGGAGAGUCCCAUUUGGAACCUGUCUCAUCCCCGGCCAAGCUUGCCUCAACUUGCUAAGGACCUAUUCAGGCCUUCGAAAUGGCAGAAUCCCCUAGCUGCUGCCCUGGCUGGGCCCGCUGCCUCUUCAGCCUGUAUAGCUGUUACUGGAGGAAACAUUCCAAGGAGAAGAUGCCGACUAGCAAGUGUGACUGGCUCUGGUUUGGUCUCCUGGCGGCUGCCUUCCUCCUCUCACUGGGCUGCUUGUACAUCGGCCUUAUUCUGCUCAAUGAUCUACACAAUUUCAAUGAGUUCUUGUUUCGACGCUGGGGACACUGGCUGGAUUGGUCCCUGGUUCUGCUGCCUGCCGUCUCUGUGCUGGUUACAUAUUCCACCCUGCUGCUGUUCCUGGCCCUGCUCCUGCAUCUGUGUGCGCAGCCUCUGCACUUGCACUGGCUUCACAAAGGGCUGCUGUCACUGACUGUGCUGCUCCUGGCUGCCACCCUUGUGGGGCUGGAAAUCCAGUGGCAGGAGGAAUGGAGAAGUCUGCGUUUGUCAUUGCAAGCCACAGCCCCAUUUCUGCAUAUUGGAGCAGCGGUUGCACUCACCCUCCUGGCCUGGCCAGUGGCUGAUGCCUUCUACAGGUCUCAGAGAAGAGGUCCCAAGGUGCUGUUACUACUCCUGUUCAUUGGUGCAGCCCUGGCUAUCUACCUGGCACCCCUGGGCAUCUCAUCACCGUGCCUAAUGGAGUAUAGUCAUCUCCCCCCCAAGCCCAGGCUAGUGGGGCACAGAGGGGCUCCCAUGCUGGCCCCUGAGAACACACUGAUGUCCCUCCGGAAGACUGCCGAGUGUGGGGCUUCUGUGUUUGAGACAGAUGUGAUGGUCAGCUCCGACGGAGUCCCCUUCCUCAUGCAUGAUGAACGUCUGGAUAGGACAACAAAUGUGGCUUCUGUGUUCCCCACCCGAGCUGCAGGACACAGCAGUGACUUUUCGUGGGCCGAAUUGCAACAGUUAAAUGCAGGAACCUGGUUCCUGGAGAGACCACCAUUCCAGGGAGCCAGGAAGCUGUCAGGCACUGAGCAGCAGGAAGCCAAGAACCAGACGGUGCCAUCGCUAAGGGAGCUCCUGGAGGAGGCCGCUAACCUCAAUUUGUCUGUCAUGUUUGAUCUGCGCCGACCCCCCCCAAACCACACUUAUCAUCACACCUUCGUCAGCUGCACCCUGGAUGCUGUGCUGAGCGCCGGGGUGCCCCAGGCCAUGGUACUGUGGCUGCCAGAUGAAGGCCGUGCUGAGGUCCAGCUCCGGGCCCCCAAGCUUCCUCAGGUGUACGGCUAUCAAAGGGAAAACAGGACUGAGAGGCCCCAGCUCCUCAACUUGCCUUACCAGGCCCUACCGCUGACAGACAUCAAUGAACAAGUCCUGGCUCUUCUCCCUGCUCUGGUGUGCUGGGGCUGCCUCGGUCACUACCAAUGCCUGCCAGCUGCUGCAGCAGCUGCCCCAUCCUGUCUGGCUCAUCCCCCCUCCAACCUACCUAAUGAUCUGGAUUGUCUCAGACUGUGUGUCUGCCCUGCUGCUUCUCUGGAUCUUCUUCCUGCAGGGGAAAUGGGCCAGAGAGAGAGAGAAACCUGUUUCAGAGACCGCUGUGCUGCUGACCAAGAUCAACGCCAUCAUGCUGGAAUGAGUGUCAUGCCACUUCACCCCCAACCCCUCUGUAGCCUGAGGCUUGCCUGCCUUUGCUGGCCCCCAGCCACUGACCCCAAGAUGACGCCGCCGGACUGUUGCUUCUGGUGGAUGGGGUGGAGAGUGGUGGGCGGGGUGGGGGGGGAUGGUGAGAAUGGUUAGUUGGAUACCACAGGGAAUCCCUGGGCACCAAGUGAUGUCAAGUGGUGAGUGAGGAUCGGGCCCAGGCUGGUCCGGGAGGUACAUCUGCCUGCCCUCCCACAUGAGAAGGGGGCGAUACCCGCUGGCAGCGGGGAAGUGGGAAGGUCCGGCAGUAUGAGGCAGUGUAUGGAGGCCAGGAGAACCCCUGGAGGAGAUCUCCUCAUGUCUCCCCUCCUGGAGAACUGGCCUGCAUCUGGCUCUUUCUGCCCACUCUUUCUGUCAUUCAAUGAAUCGAAUCCCCCACAUGG